AUGAAAUCUUCGAGCUGUCCUAUGGAGAUAUUUCUGGCCGUUUUUGUCCAGUUUCUUACAGUUGUCUAUUGCAACAACACCGAGGUUUGUACUAAUCUCCAUGACGAAUUCACCUGUGAGUACGGUUGCUGUGGUGACUACCGCAAGGAAAGAUGUUGUUCUUUUGCCGGAACAAUAGUCGGCAUCGUUGUAGGCGUGGCUCUAUUUAUUGGCUUUGUCGCAGGACUCAUCUACUGCUACAUUAAAAAAAGAGGUCGAACCGGCCCCAUAUUCCCGUGUGGGCCAAACAGAUCUGCAGCUACCCAGGGGGCACAAAACCGUCGACAGCCCGGACGUGUGACUGUCAUACAGACCACGCAUUGUUAUAACGCAGGCAGAGGCAGGCGAGGAAUACACACUUCCGUGGCUGGAUAUGAAGGAUUCGUGCCUUACUCCGACAGCAAUGUGCCAACCGUGAAGCCUCCCCUACCCCCAGCUUACGAGCCGGCUCUCCCUCCCCCUCCUCCGUAUUCUGCAGUCAGUGGGCGGACAAGCACGGGUAUCAGUACCGUCGAAAAUUACAGCCCCGCCCACACAACACCGCCCGUUUCCUGA